AUGCCAUCGAUCGACGAAAACCACUUUCUCCAGUUUGUACCCAAAGAGGUACAGGCAGGACACGGCUCCCUGGAGGACGCCUUCUACCUGCCGGGCUUCCUCUGCAAAGAGCAGGACUCAUCUCUCUUUCAGCAACUUCAGAAGGAGCUCUCCUUUAAGCCUGCAUGGUUGGAGAAUGGCCUCCCCUUCUCGCGCCAACUCUGUGUGGCCUCGGAUCUGAACACCACGCCCACCUUGCACGCCAUCUUGGAACACCUGGCAGAGGCGGUUUUGGGAGCGCGAGAAACCUGGACAUGGUACAGACAUGGAGGGGAUUUCUGCAAUCUUCACUCCGACCAGUAUGAAGACCAGGAGAACUUCAGCCUUGGCAUCAGCUUCGGGCAGGACCGCGGCAGUUGCUCUUCGAGAGAUCAAGCGGCCAACAGGUUCAGUUUGCCAUCCCGCAGAAGAACGGGGAUGUUUAUGCCUUUGGCAAGGCCUUCAACAGCAGUUGGAGGCAUGGUGUGCCGCCGCAGCGCCGCCCCGGCGGCGCAGAGGAGCCGAACCUGA